CCCACACCGGCUGUCUCUCGUGUAUCAUCCAUGAUGGCCUCAAUGGGCUCAUUACACCCAUAUGGGCAUCUGCUCCGGUCAGGUACCAUCAUCCCUCGCCGUACAUUGACCUACUCUGUGUGUCGACGUGCUCAGGUCGAUAAUAGCAGCAAUGGUAUCGAGCCUCCAGAGCAGCCUUCCAAACAGCAACCUGAACAACGCCAAUCCCGUCCGUCCGCUCUCUCCUCCAUCAAGGACUUCUUUUUCGGCGGAAAGAAGUCAGACGCCGCCAAGCCCAAGAUCACACGGAGAUCAGUUGCUCCCCAGCAGAAGGAGGGAACGUUAGGUGAAGAUUCCAUUUUCGCAGAGGAUCUCGGGGCGAGCAAGCAAGCGCCAACACCGAAGACGGACCGGGCUGCUUCCGAGUGGGACGGUGUCAUCGCUCCUGAUGCGCUGGAGCAGAGGAACUGGGAGCAAAUGCAGCCAGUUCUCGACCCUCGCCCUAAUGCGCGCCGUCGUUGGGAAAGGAAGAUGAUUGCACGUGAGAUUCGACGUCGGGGACGUCUCACCAAGACGGAGCAGAUCAUGCGUACGGAGCUCGAAUCGCUGAGCAAGUCGCAUUGGUUCAAGACGUCGAUAAAGAAGCUGGGUCCCUUGGCUCGUCAGAUUGCCGGGAAGAACAUCGACGAGGCCAUCUUGCAAAUGCGGCUGAGUAAGAAGAAGGCAGCCAAGGAUGUCCUCGAACACUUGGAACAUGCCAAAAACGAGGCCAUGGUCCGGUGGGGAAUGGGCCUCGAAGCCCCGAAGGAAGAUGGGCCAGCUCCAACACCUAUUACCAUUACAUUGAGUAACGGUGAGCGUAAGAAGAUCACCAAUCCUACAUCGAUUUACAUCGCGCAGGCGUGGGUGAACCGCGGCCCGUAUGAGAGGCGCAUACAACACCGAGCAAGGGGAUCAGUUCACACCCUUCGCCCGCCAUGGACCUCAUUGUCCGUUUUGCUGAAGGAGGAAAAGACGCGCAUUCGGGAAUGGCAGGACCGAGAAGCCAAGGCUCUUCGCCAGCGGAAAUCUCACUUAUGGACACAACUACCUGAUCGGAAGGUGACGGCCCAGAACCAGUAUUACAGUUGGUAA